GUCGUUGGGCCUUGCAGCCGCGGCAGAUCGCUUCGGUACUCGUGCUUUGAGGAAGGCCAGUUUCGAUGCAAAGUCCCUGCUCGACGCCGCCUCCGAGGACACCGCAAAGGGCGAGGCUGCCUUGCUCGCGCUCUCGGCGGCGCUGACUAGCGAGGAAAAGGAGUCCUGGAUGGAGGAGCUGAAGCCCUGGCUGAGAAAGGCACUGGCGGAAGUCCCGACGUCUGGCGGGUGGGCAAAUGUGGCAAGUGUGGAUUGGCAGGCACAUCGUGGAUGGGAAGCGCUUCUGGGCCGUGCUGCUCCUGCCAUCUCUUUCCAGUCGUCCUCCUCUCCAGAGCCAGAUCGAUCGCCAUCGCCGCCACCGGAAAUGCUGGAUCCGACGCAGGCGCUCGAACCCGCCUUCGCCCGGGCGGCCGCGGCCGCGUCCGGACGCGCUGCACAGCAACUUCGCCGCUGUGCUUCCGUUGUGGAAACGUG